UGAGACGGCCAGGCCACUGAUGUUCCAAUUCCACGUUUAUAAGCACUCGCACCCGCGCAGACGUCCACAUUCGGCGCUAAGCUCAAUGCAGGCGAAAGCAGAAUGGUGACCAAAGAAAGCACAAUCUCUGGGGUUGACACGAGACUCGGACAAAGCAGCCAAAACAAUGCUUGAGAGCCUUUUGCAACAGAAUGCUGUGACGCGCAGCUGUGCACGUGGAGAGGGUAGGGCAGCCGGUAGGCGAGGAGGAACAGCUGUUGUACGGAACGCUUUUUAAGGUGGUGAAGAAAAGCGCCUCGCACUUCACGCGACGAGUCUCGCUGACGUUUCUGACGUAGCAGCACGAAAGCAACAAAAAAAAAAAGGGAAGCACGAACAAGUGACGGGAGUGACGAUAUGGGUGAUGAAAACGGCUCGUGAAUGUCGAAGAAAGCCGGUGCCCCAGCCGAGGGAGCGCGGCGCCUGCGCUGUUACAUCGUACGGUCAACGGUCGCCGCAGCGAGCCUGCUCGUAAAGACAGAGACGGAUCGUAGAUGCUCCGUCGCUUGUGCGAGCGGCGGGCCGGCUAGCUUCUUGCCUAGGCUGUGUACAGCUCCUCCGUGACGGCCGCGUCUCGAGUAGGCCGCCCUGCGCACAUCUCUGAGGACACAUUGGUGGAGGUUCUCAAGGGCGGCUCCAGUACGAGACUCUGCGUUCGUUGAUAGUGGUGAUCGUGUGUGCUCCUUCGUCGGUGGGCACUGCGAAUGUGUUGUGCCAGGUGCACUGACUCGGGGUGAUGGUCGUGUUGAGGUGGCAGAGGAGCGCGUCGUGCGGUGACGCGGGAGGGGGUCACGUGAUCGCUGUCCAUUCGUGCCACCUGUCGCCGUCGACAAUCAACGAGAAGCUCGGACGGCUGCCCGAUGGCGGGGGCGAGUCGCUGGAGAUGCCGACCAUCAAGGCUCUCAAAAAUCUACCACCACCAGACCUCGUCAAGCGACUGAAGAAGCAGGAGGACGAGAAGGGCUUCAUGAAGCAUGACGAGCUCCAGGAAGAGUACUACGAGAGCACAGGCGGCGUGCCCGGCGGAGAGCCGGGUGCCGAAGGCGGCAAAAGCUGGCGCCGCCUGCUGGAGCCCAACUGUCCAUGCUGUGACAUCUCCAAGCGACUCACUGUGGCCCUGCUCAGCUCCAUAGGGUUCCUCAUCUCUUUCGGCAUCCGCUGCAACAUGGGCGUCGCCAUCGUCAAAAUGACUGCGAACAACUCGGACACAAUGAAAGCCGAGUUCGAUUGGUCCCCGGAGACCAUCGGCGUGAUCGACUCGUCUUUCUUCUGGGGCUACCUCAUCACACAGGUGCCCGGAGGAUUCCUCGCAGCCAAAUACCCCGCAAACAGGGUCUUUGGCACCGCAAUAGCUGUGUCAGCGUUCCUCAACAUGCUCAUUCCUGGAGCGGCCAAGAUUGGCUUCACAAUGGUCAUGAUUGUCCGCAUCCUCCAGGGUCUCGUUGAGGGCGUGACGUAUCCGGCGUGCCACGGUAUCUGGAGACAUUGGGCGCCACCCCUGGAGAGGAGUCGGCUGGCAACGCUAGCCUUCUGCGGCUCAUACGCCGGUGCCGUGGUCGGUAUGCCCCUAUCGGGCAUCCUAACCGACUACGUAGGGUGGCAAGCCUGCUUCUAUUUCUACGGCGCGUUCGGCGCCAUCUGGUACGUCUUCUGGCUGUGGCUGUCUUUCGAGAAGCCCAGCAGGCAUCCGACCAUCACCCAGGCGGAGCUGAUCUACAUCGAGAACAGCCUCGGCCAAGUCACUCAGACAGCACCCACGUUGAAGACGACUCCAUGGAAGAACAUCUUCACGUCGCUGCCGGUGUAUGCCAUCAUCGUGGCUAACUUCUGCCGCAGCUGGACCUUCUACCUGCUCAUAAUAUCGCAGCCCAUGUACUUCGGACAGGUCUUCAAAUUCGAAGUGGACAAGUCGGGACUCCUGGGCGCCCUGCCACACCUGUGCAUGACCCUCGUCGUGCCCCUUGGAGGCCAGCUGGCCGAUUACCUGCGGACGCGCCAGAUACUCAGCACCACAGUCGUCAGAAAGAUCUUCAACUGUGGAGGCUUCGGCAUGGAGGCUGUGUUCCUCCUGGUGGUGGGCUACACCCGAAGCACGCCCGUGGCCAUCUCAGCGCUGACACUGGCCGUGGGAUUCAGCGGUUUCGCCAUAUCAGGUUUCAACGUGAAUCACCUGGACAUUGCCCCUCGGUACGCCAGUAUCUUGAUGGGGCUGUCGAACGGCGUCGGCACACUGGCCGGCAUGCUAUGCCCCAUCGUGGUGGAGUACAUCACUGACAAGAAGUUACACGGCGGCGACUACGCGUCCCGCUGGGAGAAGGUGUUCCUGAUUGCUAGCCUGAUCCACUUCGGUGGCGUCGUCUUCUACGCCAUCUUCGCGUCCGGAGAGAAGCAGCCGUGGGCGGAACCUCCGCGAGAGGACGAAGGACCUUCGUGGAAUCCGCUCGAGAAUGCCUUUAAGGAGGACUCGGCAGCGAACAGUGCGACGCAGCAGCAGUCGUCCUUCCAGCGCCAGACAUCGUACGGUGCCACGGCCGAGACAAACUUCCCCGUGUACGAAACACGCGAGGAACGCGUCCAGGAACCAUCCCGGGACGCGUACGACCAGAGGGACUUCUAGCCGGAGAACUAAGGCGGACGGGUACUGCGAAGACGUGGGCGGAGACGUCGAGGCGCCGCCGAGUCGAGAACACGAACGGAAGGAGGGAGGAGGAGGACGAUCAGGACUGGAGGAACCGCGGACGUCAACGGUAACACCGUCGGCGACGACGACGACGAGAGACACGCACGUGGCGACAACACGACGGCCCGCCACGACGCGACCACCGCGGUCCGCCAGAAACGACGACGCCCAUCACGGAGGCAAGCCGAAGGCGCCACGACCGAAGGCGCAAAGCAAGGACAGCACAACGCCGCGGCCUUUUUCGUAACCUGUGCCGCGUUCGAUGAGUUUGGUUAUGUCCUUUCAUAAUCUUUUCAUUUUUUUUCCUUCUGAUCCCUCGUCUACGGAACGAUAGGCUGCGGCUGGCGAGGAGAAAAAAGAAAAGAAAAAAAAACAAAAGAUGGUACGAAUGUGAACAAAAGUCUGCCUAGUUUACCUGCCCCCCAACACUGCUACGCAAACUCAGUGGCUCACCAAUUUCGUGCAGUGGAGCGAAGGCUGAGAAUCUCACCAGCCAGUCACUAGAGAGAGAAGACGAAAGCUCGGCGCCACUGCAUGCAAUUGUGCGCAUCACAGACGGCCGCUCCGUCGGACUGGCGCCGAAAGCGACGCUGUUGCAUUUGUCAGUGUUGCUUUCUGAAGUUGCGAUGUGCCACGCUAUAGAUUCCAAAAUCUUGCUCAAUGGCAUUCGACUUCUCGCUGUUGUCGAAUUCACCAUCUGCUCCGAAUCCCCUUAUUGGCUGAGAAGACUGUCACACAGCUAUCUGGUCAUAUCAAAAGCAAGGUAUUCAACAGCAUUCGACAAGGCGAGAAGCGAACUGCGAUUCAGCCUUCCGGAUUUAAAGCGACCCGUACUUUUCCACUGCCCCUGUAUGAAAUUGGUGAGCCGAAGUAUGUGUAGUAUUAAAUCAGCUUGGCGGUUCUUUCAGCGACUGAGUGAAACUCGGGAUGGUUAUCAUGGCGUUCUGAUAGGAAUGUAAAAAUGUAUACGUAUACAAAGAAACGGUGAAAAAAGAAACUGAAAUGACCUACAAGUAAGUCGAGGUUUUAGGUUUGCCGCACGAUUUCUCUACGAUGUUUAAAUAGUGAACAAAAGAUGCAACGUCGAUGCGAAUAUUGGAAGUUGUGUGGCGACGAACACGCCUGGCCUUCGUAACGCUACAUUAGUCUCCUUCUAUUUCGACGCUGAUGACACGUCCACUUCGACGCAUGGCACGUUCAUUCUAUGUGCGCGAGCCAUUCAUCAGAAAAAGAAAGAAUGAAGUCUUUACUUUAAUCGCCCGACGCGAGCUCCGAAAGGCGGGUACAAGUUCUCAGAACGUUUCUCUUAAGGUCGAGCAGCUGCGGUCGGGCUAAACGUACCGCCUUCGACUUAUCCGAACUACGCGAUAUCGCCGCGAUUUUGCGUAGUAGACGUGCCAGCCUCCGAUGAGUUUGGGGUUCGUCCAGGAACCUCGUUAAAUGCGAGAAAAACGAAACGCAAGCUCAGCGCGAGUUACAGCCCGGCGAGUGAGUUAUCUUACGUACUAUAGACGACGCUGAAGCGUACCGCAAUGAUCUCUAAUAAAAUGUUUAAGCUCUAUGGAGCAACAAGUAAAAUAACUUGAAAUGUUUUAAAUGCGGAUCGAGAAGCGGCCAUUCGAAAGGCUGGUUUAGAGAGAAACAGCAGGUUUAUUUGUUUUGUUUUUUACGAAUAUAACCAACAAACAGAUGACCUACUGCAAACUCCAAAGAGUUUUAGAGGGGAAAAAAUGUCUUAAAGUGAGUGCACAAACUGCUAAGACGUUGACGCUCGCAGACAUGUCGCCGAGACGAGAUGCAUCUGUGUAGGCAAGGACGAUAUUCUUCGAAAAGAAAGUGAAGAAAAUAUUGUUUCCUUCGAGAAAACUGAGAAGUGACUAUGGCGGUCAGUCUACAGUUAUACUGCGGUGUAACGACGUCGUUGACUGGGAUAUUAAAAAAGGAGAAAGGAUAAACAGCCUGGUAGACGUAAAUGACUGUCUCAUAUAGCAACGGUUGCGCCACCGCUCACCUGUAUAAAGAAAGCCGACAGAUUUUCUUUUUCAGCACUCCGGUCUUGGUUUCUCAGUUCCCAUCGCUCUAUAGCGCUGAGAACCGAGAGGCUCCGGCGUAGGCAGAUUUUAAAAAAUGUUCUAAAAAUAUCAACAGUGGUUGUGCCAUCACUGACCCCCUUCCAAGCCUUUCUUCCCGGUGUGAAAUGCGCUGCAGUGGCUGCCUCUGUACUGUAAAACUGAUGCCGUUGCCAAUGCUACUCAAAACAAGAAAGUUUAACUUUACUUGAGUUAGCGAAACAAGCGUACAUGAAAAUAAUAGAUAGAACAAAGUCCAACGGUCCCGAGACGCGUACCGUGACCAUCUGUGAAAAAACAUGGAAUUUGUGUUUCUUUUAUUUGUUUCUGCUUUCAUAAUCGCCCAACAUAGAGCUGUGUUACAUAAGCACGCUACGUUUGUACGCCGUGAGUUAAUGCGAUCAAUCUCGUGCGAGAACGUAUGCGUUCUCGUGCGAGAACGCGACACUCAUUACGUUAUUACUCUAACGUUAUCAGUUGAUUGCACUGCAUUAUCCUAAGACACGCCGUCACCGAUAACGUCAUCGCAUGACGUCAUCAUGUGACGCCGCCGUUUGGUGACGUGACUUUUGGUAGCAUUCGCCGACGACGGUUCCUUAAAAUCUAACUCCGGACGCCGGGCCUUUUUUGUUUUUGUUUUCAUGAAACAUGUAAUGCUUUCGCCUUAAUACAUGAAUUCGUGAGCUCUGCGAAGUGUAGAGGCCGCCACUGCAGGUCCACAGCGCGGAUGACUGCGUAUAGCCCGGUAUGUCUCCCUUCCGCUCCCGCGUAAAUAGCUUAGGCUCGUGUACAUACUAAUCGCUUCGAUGUGAGCAUGGCCGUGCCGCGAUUACCACAAAGCAAUAUAGCGUCUGAACGGCUCUCUCGCGGAACGAAAGGUAGACAGCAGCAGGGCGUGAACUCUCCCUCCCCCUCCUCUGUUACGCUCGAAGCAGGAAAGACGAGGCGGAGAGGGAAAGGUGGCUUCUGGAAUGCACGAACUGCGUCUCAACCCCGUCAAGACAUUGGAUGCUGACGCUGAAGUGGUGCGAUACGUGUUCGGAAUCGAAGAUCCGACUGGCAGAUCGGGUGAGACAUCGCGUGUCCACACUACAAGAACUGAAGCCGCGUGUGAAAGCUUGGCAUAUCGAUGUCGUAGCUGACGUUCGUGUCUGCACUUAUGGUGAAUGGCCGAUUCUGUUUAGGAUAGUAGGUACAGCCAUGGAAAAUUGAAACACGGACAAGGUGUACGUUUAAUGUCGGCACGAUUUCGCCUUGCACACCUAUAACGUGGGGCCUCGCAUUGUGCUCUCGAUUUAUCGCUAACGGAAGCCGUUCCGCUCUGUAAAUUAUUGUUCCUGUUUAAUUUGCCCAUGACUGUACGUGCUUUGAGCGCGAAAAAGAUUGCCCUAUAGCUGCCGCGCUCAUUUCGAGCAGGUAGAGCUUAAUGCACUGUGCGUGCGCUCGAAACCCGAAAAACUUCGACAGCGUAAGUACAGUGUACUAUACCAGUACACUGUAGCGUAAGCAGGGAACAGCUUCGUUGGGGCGUUCGUUUGGCUCCGUGACAUUGCGAUUAUGUUUCGGGCGACAAUGACGCUUGCGGUCUUAGAAAUCCAGAAUCAGCACAGUGGCGGGAUAUGGCUUUAGGGUGAUCUAUUCCGAAUGUCUGAACUCCUGAAGUUGUGUGUUUUAAGUGUGUGGUGUAUGUACGCUCGAUUACGGUGUCUGGGCAGGUGCUACAACGAGAGACUCCCGACGAGUACGCUUAACGCACCGAUGAGUGUGUGCAUCGAGUUGCUGCAUUGAUGCACACGUGUUGACGUUGACGUUGUAAUGAUGUUCGUGUAAUGUUGGUGGUUCUCUGCGUGCUCCGAUCUGUUUGCGAAACGAGAUUACGUUGCAGCAGGUGCGGUGCCGGAAGAGCUUGACGCAAGGUGCAACAAACGCUUUCAUUAUUUUUACUCUGUUGUCAAACCAUGUCAUCGUGAUCGUGAGAGACAGUGUUCUCUGUCACGACGAUUUAUCUCAACGAAACGAGUUUUCCCGAGAUUAUAAUAAGCGCCCCAUCCCACAAGCCCCUCUCACUUUAAACGCACAUGACCUCCCAACUUUAUACGUCAUCUCUCAUACCUUUUGCGUCAUCAUAUUAAUCUUUCCUGAAAUGGUACGAAAGGAGCACAGCUAAGGGAGUGAUUCUUUAGUUUAUUAUUGUUUAGCCUCCUCCUCUAUCCUACCCCCCCCCCCCCCCCCGGUUAUCAACCAAGGUUUCCCGAACGAUGUGAGUAUACUCACAUCGUUCUCCAGAAAUUUAUUUUUCAUGUCCCUAUUUCUUCAUUGAAUAGUAAAACAAAGAAACCCUGCGUUGGUGAUGAUGGUGGCAAAUACGGCACCAUGUACAUCUAUGAACGGCCGACACCGGCGAAAAGCCGGGUAUCAUGAAACGUCUUUUACAAAGGCCAAAUACGCACGCCCGGAACUGAAUUCCUGAAUUGAUAACUGUCGAAAACUCGACGGGGAAUAUGCUUGGAACUAACGCGGAGCAAGUGCGCAACAAGGACAUCGAUUUUUAGACAAUGCCUUUUUUUUUUCUUAAUACCCGAAGCGAGCGUGUUUCAUUUUGUGCACGAACUCAGCCAACUGCGUUUUUCGUUUAGCAGUAUACGUAGCCUCCAUAGUACAUCACAGCAUCGCUACUCUUUGAGCGAAGGUAUCGAAACUUUGCCUUUAGGCACGCACAAAUCACUGCGCCCGACAUAGCCUGGCAGCCAUUUUAUACGAAUCGCUUUUCAAGGAUCAUUAGCAACGGCUUUUCUACACUGUACCGGUGGGAGCCUUCGGAUCUGCUCCAAAGAACUGCACAUGCAGCUCAGGCCAGAGAUAAUCCACGGCCAGUUAACAAAGAGCACCGCCAACAAGUGGUCUAUUAAAUAUCCACACUCGAUUCAAAUUUCGAUCUUUAUUCUUCGCGCUAACAGCAUACGAGCCAUGCCCUUUUUUUUUUUUUUUUCUGGAAAACGCGGCUGUAUUACAAGGCUGGAGGUUUUACGAAAUAUUACUGAAAUUGAGUUUUAGAUCACAAUUUAACAGCAACUCCUCAAGAUAACAUCACCUGAGACGUCAUUCGGCUGAUACCAGGAGCAAUGCCUGAGCGGAUGAUCAUUGAAUUUUUCUUGGAUAUUUUAUGUAUUAUGCCAGCAGACCUUAUAGACUAUAUCUGUUUCACGCUAUCCGUUACAGAAAAGUUAGACAACCUGGCAAUAUUGGUUAACCAACCAUCGCUAACACGAUAUAUAUUUAGGUCUCACCACGCGGUGCGAGGGCAGUAGCAGCAGGUGAUCCACUGGUACAGCAGAAAACGAAGCCUCAAAACUGAGCUUAUAGCACAGUGCAGUAGCCUUGCGUUGUUGCCGCCAUGUUGUUGUUGGCAACAGCCACCCAUAGUCAUUUUGUAAUAUACAGUACAGAGAGAUCGAUGAGGUAUCUGUGAUAAAACGGCCGCGGCUGUAGCAUGUACGCUCUUUGUUUCGCACAGAAUACUCGUCCACCACCCGCACAUCACGAUCUGACUGCUAGUAGCGUCUUUGUCAAGUCCACGUGACGUUUCAAACGGCGUCGCGUGCCCCUUAACGGUAAAGCGUCCUCUGCACGAAGGGAGUGCACCGACCGGUGUGUUCUUGUGCAUUAGUUAUCUAUCACCGCAAACUGUGUGAGUGUAAAUACACACGUAUGCGUGAGCGAGUGCAUGUGUCUGCGUAUGGAUCGCGCGCGUGCUAUCGGGCGUGUCUGUUCGAUGUUUUCUUGCACCAGCACACUUGUGGAGCCUCGGACACGACGAGGCGAUGUGACGGCCUACGCUCGUACGUGGUCACGACACAUGACGAAAGCACAACUCCCAGCACAGUCUGUACAUAUAACAGCGGCAGGUUAUAGAUGAACACGGCGACGUGUCGCAAUCUGGGCACACUACGAUCCACGAUGGCAGUAGUGAAAAACGCAUGUGUCCGAUAACAUGGCUUCCAGAACUGCUGAGGCUGGGCUAUCGGACAGGUUUUUCCAUUCUGCGUGAUACGAUAAAUCCAGCACAAAUUAAACUAAGCAUUCGCUUCUCGUUUUGCUUAGCCACGGGUUUGAGCCACGCGAGACUCCAAAAAUGGCGGCUGCACGUGCAACGUUUAGGAGCCGCCAUUACGCGACAUAUUUAAAUGUGGCCACUGCAGGUCUCGCAGGCUGUCAUACCAACAAAUUUCGCGCUAAAGCUUUGGUGGAAUUCUUAAUCAUUAGUUUCUCGCGUGAUUCCACGUGAUACGCCAUAUUGUUUAAGAACAGAACGAGCAGAAGGAUAUGUCACAUCAGGCCACAUACAACCGUGAGCCCAGAUUGCGCUCCCGCCGCCUCGCAUACUAAUGUAGUGUUUCGUAGACCAAAGCUGUGUAGGUACUAGCGGUGUGAUUGUGAACAUGUAAUCAUCGAACGGGCGCUGCAGGCUCUCGGCCCCGGAUCAAAACCCCGGUGCUCGUGGCGUCGCGCGCCUCGAACUUCACCGACUGCUCCGAUCCGGUCCGGAGCCACUGCAGUCCCGUGUCUCAGUGGCAGUGCUCCGGAGCGAGCGGGAAAACCACCCCCUCGUCUCCUGGAGAGGACACGUACACACGACCCACAAGUCUUUCAAUCUCGCCUAGAAUAUCCGCUUCUACCGCGCGCAAGCUUCCGGGUGCUAGAAGAUGGCGUAUUGUAGACGGAAUCGUCGGUAGAUAUGGCCGGCCGUUUGCCCCGCCCUGCCUAUGUGUUAUCUGUUCUGUUGGCGUAACAUAUUCGUUCGUGGCGUUGCGUUACCUUCAUCUGUUAGCCCCUACACUUACAUGCCGAGAGCUGUCGCAGACUUGCCAACGUGGGUUAGGCUUAGCUCGUCCACACUUCAGAAAAAUACGUCAAAACAGACAGAUUCUUUUCGCUACGCCAGCGAUGUCACGACUUUAUUAAUGUGACCAAAAGCAGUGCAUUAAAAGCUGGUAAGCUCUUAGAGAGAAAGUCGCCUAAUUUGGCGUUUCUGGUCACUUUUUUGGCAUCUUCGCAUUUUGGAGUAUCGUUUUUAAGAACUAGAACACAAUAUGUCUAGGAAAAAAUAAAAAAGAAAAGUCAUCGUUAUCACAUGUGCCGUGACAUGGCGACACUGUCAACAAUAAAAACUUGCCAGCGAUGGUUUCAGGGAGCCCUGCAGGACACAAAGCCUGUCAUACCUAAUGACAACCCAGCACUUCUCUUUCCAAACAUAAAACUUAUCUGGUCUUCAAGCUCUGUACAGUGGCCAGCGUUGCCUUCAUUAUUUACUGCUUAUCAAUGAUUACUAUUAGUGAUCACCAGCAACACCAGAAGUUAUUACUGCUGUUAAUGGGCAGUACCACUAGUGCUGCCUUUGAAAUCUAACCAUGUUGGGUAAAUGUGCACCUUACGUUGCACAAAGCACAAUUCCCAGUUAUUUAAAUCAAAGCAUAACUUAUUCAGUGCUCAGCCCUCCUAGCAUUAAUUCCAGUCACACCAGCUACCGUAGGCAUUGCACAGUGUCAUGUAACUCCCUUUGGCAAGUCUGUCAAGUUCUGCGUGCUGUUGGUGUUUCCAAAACCUUAUGUGAUAUAAAAAUAUAAUAUAGCUCCAGAGAGAAGAUGUGCUGCCGUGGGACCCGCUUGCACUCUCAAACACACGCAUUAGCUUUGCACAAUGCAUUUCACGCAACAUUUCCAACAACUAUACCAACUCAAAUCAUUGCACAUAGCACAUAAAACUGCAUUAGUACAUGCAGGUUUACGCUUCCUCGAUUCCCACAGUGACUACACAACAACUCUUAGAGUUGACAUAAGAGAUGCAAGCUUUGUCGUCAAGUUAGGUACUAACAACACUGGUAGCACCAAAUGUUGACACAACGUUGCCACCACAUUGAGAAAGUCGCUUCAUCGUUGUGGCAACAUUGUGUGCUACUACGGAAAAUGCCAAUGCAGAACAUUAUCAGCCCUAGUAGCACACAAUGUUGGCACAACAUUGAAGCAACACUUUCUCAUUGUGGCGGCAACGUUGUGUCAACAUUUGGUGCUGCUAGGGAGUGUGAUCAGAGCACAAGCGAACCAGUAACCACGACGUGCAUUCUGUUUUGUCCCAACCGUAUUAAAACCCCGGCACAGAUGUUUGUCAGGUGCUCACCAUGCAGCGUCGAAUGUGUCUCGUUGGUUCUCGUUUCGCAUCUACGUUAACCGUUAGUUACCAUAAACUUGUCAAGCUAGCCACAGCAAAGGUCAGUUAGUGCGCGAUAAGCUGCCUUGUCCUUUUUUGAUAGAUCUAGAGCUAGUGCAAGGAUCCGGUGUGUCUGGUUAGAUGCGAGCAGUUGUGCGUGCAAUGCGAGUGGCUCGUCAGAGCUUGCCUUCUCAAGAGCACAAGAAGCAAAGCUCAUCCUCGCUAAGCCAAGAUCAGUCCAGGAACAUGUAGAUCUCAGUUGCAAACAAGGAAGGCAACAUUGCUGUUUCUGUGUUCUGUCAUCCGUGUGUCAUGACUUUAGCCUGUGAAGAACUUGACUUCAGCUCAUCGAGGACAACUGUUAUAUAAACUGUAUAUACUAUACUAUCUACACAUGUAGCUGUAGUGGAUGUUGUAAAAGCGUCGAUUACAAUGUAAUUUAAUGCAUGCGCCACAGACGUCACCUUUUGUCACUAAAACCGCGAGUUCCAAGCAUAUUACCACAGCAAAAAAUGUACCGAAUGUUCCCUGUAGCAAAAACAAAAAGCGAGAUGAAUCAAGUGUGCAUUUUCAUUGGACGUGGAAAUCAAGUACACGUGUAUCAGUGAACAUGGCUUGGAACAUGCCUUGGAAGCCUACUUGCCACCACUGUCAAAGACAGUUCGCUAAACCGGAUACUUGCACCUUGCAAUGAGCUUCUGUGCACCACAAACUCUGCAAUUUUCUCGUACUCGCAACCAACAGGCCCAUCAACAAUCACAAAAAGCAACCUGAGAAAGAACAUAUUCAAAUGCCGAAACACAGUCGUGCAAUCCAGAGGCCACCACCAAGGCCAUCAAGUAAUAACCAACUGUUGAGACAGUUGACAGCCUGAACUAACUAGUCUAAGUAAUAAGUCACAGCUAAAGAAAUAUAUAUACUAUAUAUGUGUGCAUGAUAAAAUGUUUUUUUUCUCUCUCAUGCUGCGCAACAUGGUUGUUACGAAACACAUCAAAAUAAUGUGAUAAUGUGAGUGUACUAUCUACUAACUGCAAAUGUCCGAGUGUUACUUUUAUGUGUACAUCUGCUGUAUAUACGGUACUCUUGGUCAUUACUACGAUUCAUCUAUGGACGUUUUUUCUCUCUUAGUGGAAAAUAUUAGCUGCGGCCUGAACCGCCACAUUGUCUCGUAUUUUGGACUUGUUUUUUCUUUUUUAUGCUGUCCCUAGGAGAGAUGUUUCUUGUAAAUGUGCCCCCAUUGUUAUGAUGUCAUGUUUUGAUUCUACAAGGUCUGUUGAAGCAAACUGUAUAGUUUUUCAUGGGGAAGGGAAAAGCGCAGCCCAGCUGAUGCAAUUUGCUCCCCACAUGUUGGCCUAGAACAUCCAGGUAUAAGAAGAGUCCUGCCUGCAUUAUUCUGUUUUCCUAGAAGGUGUUGCCCAAUGAAUUAAAUGUUACGAAAUGAG